AGAAUAGUCAGGCAGAUUUUGAAAUCGGUCAGAGUGAACGAAAAGCCAGACCAAAGCCUUCUGAUAGAGAAGAGACUUGUUGGUGAAUGCUUGGGGCUGGAAUAUGGCUGCAACUGUCUGCACCAUGAACAGCUUCAUAGCCAUGGUCCUUAUCUGGACCAUGAUAGCACAUGCUGAAGUAGACAAGCCUCUUGGAGAGACGGAUAAGACUAGAUUUCAAAUAUGUAAGGAUGCCUUGAAACUACCUGUCUUGGAGGUCCUACCAGGAGGAGGUUGGGAUAACCUGAGGAAUAUAGACAUGGGACGGGUGUUGAAACUGACAUACACCAACUGUAAGACCACAGAAGAUGGACAGUACAUCAUCCCCGAUGAGGUCUUCACUGUUCCUCAGAAGGAGAGCAACCUGGAGAUGAACUCAGAAAUCCUGGAAUCCUGGGUGAAUUACGAGAGCACCACUUCAUUUUCCAUUAAUGCAGAGCUCUCCCUUUUCUCCAAAGUCAACGGCAAAUUCUCCACUGAGUUCCAAAGGAUGAAGACACUUCAAGUAAAGGACCAAGCUGUAACUACUAGGGUUCAGGUUAGAAACCGGAUCUACACGGUCAAAAGCAGUCCAACUUCAGAACUCAGCUUGGGGUUUAUAAACGCACUUAUGGAAAUCUGUGACCAACUAGAGAAAAACCAGACGAAGAUGGCCACCUACCUGGCAGAACUCUUGGUCCUCAACUACGGCACACAUGUAAUCACUAGUGUAGAUGCUGGGGCUGCCCUGGUCCAGGAGGAUCACAUCAGGUCCUCUUACCUCCUGGACAACCAGAAUAGCCAGAGCACUGUGACUGCCUCUGCUGGGAUUGCCUUCUUAAACAUCGUGAACUUCAAACUUGAGGAAGACCACAUCACCCACAACACUUUGACCAAGAGUUAUCUUACUAACAGAACCAACUCCAGGGUGCAGAGCAUUGGAGGCACUCCGUUCUACCCAGGCAUCACCUUAGAAACCUGGCAGAAGGGCAUCACUAACCACCUGGUGGCAAUAGACCGCGCUGGCCUGCCUCUGCACUUCUUCAUCAAGCCUGACAAGCUGCUUGGCUUGCCCGCCCCCUUGGUGAAGAAGCUGUCCAAGACAGUAGAAACUGCUGUGAAACACUAUUACACUUUCAACACCCACCCUGGCUGCACAAAUGUCGACUCCCCCAACUUCAAUUUUCAAGCCAAUAUGGACGAUGGCUCCUGUGACGAGAAAGUAACCAACUUCACUUUUGGUGGAGUUUAUCAGGAAUGCACUGAACUGUCAGGGGAUGCCCUUUGCCACACCCUGGAGCAGAGGAAUCUGCUCACUGGUGAUUUCUCUUGUCCCUCUGGCUACACCUCUGUCCAUUUGCUGUCUCAGACCCACGAGGAGGGUUACAGUCGUCUGGAAUGUAAAAAGAAAUGCACCCUCAAGAUCUUCUGUAAGACAGUGUGUGAAGAUGUGUUCCGAGUGGCCAAAGCUGAAUUUAGGGCUUAUUGGUGUGCAGCCACUGGCCAAGUACCUGAAAACUCAGGACUUCUCUUUGGGGGAGUCUUCACUGACAAGAGCAUCAACCCUAUGACAAAUGCACAGUCAUGCCCAGCUGGAUGCAUCCCACUGAAUCUGUUUGAAAACCUCAAGGUAUGUGUUUCUUUGGAUUAUGAGUUGGGGUACAGGUUUUCAGUUCCCUUUGGUGGGUUCUUCAGCUGUAUAAUGGGGAACCCCUUGGUUGCUUCUGAAACAUCCAAAGACAUAGGAGCACCAUCUCUGAAAAAGUGUCCUGGGGGCUUCAGCCAACACCUGGCUGUUAUCAGUGAUGGGUGCCAGGUGUCUUACUGUGUCAAGGCUGGGAUCUUUACAGGAGGGUCCCUGCUUCCUGUCAGGCUCCCACCUUACACCAAGCCACCCCUCAUAAGCCAAGUUGCCACCAACACUGUCAUAGUGACCAGCAGUGAGACAGCCAGAUCCUGGAUUAAGGAUCCCCAGACCAACCAGUGGAAGCUGGGAGAUCCUGCGGAGCUUCACAGAGCCAUGACAGUCAUCCACGGGGACAGUAGUGGCAUGUCAGGAGGGCAAGCUGCUGGAAUCACUUUGGGAGUCAUGAUUGCAUUAGGGGUUGCCAUUGCCCUGGCCAUCUAUGGUGUUCGGAAGAACAAGAAGAAAGAAUACCGAGCAAUCGAGGAGCGAGAGAGCCUGGUUGGAAGUUUAGCAAAAGAUGCAUCAGCCCCUGACGGAGAACAGGAUCCAAGUCCAGCUUAACUGUCUCCAAAGGAAAUGACUUCUGUCAUUUCCAGCCACAGCUUCAAGCACAGCUUUCACUGGGUUUUCUCUGCUUCUGCCUUCCUAAGUACCAAAGGGCCAGUUGCAAUGGAAAGCAGGCAUUACAACCGUGGGACUUGUUUAAGCCUCUGUACCAGGAAAUUAAAGGGGCUGUUUGAACAAGGUUUAGGGAGGGGAAUGACUCAUGCGGAAAAGCUGCAGUGGGACCAAGCCAUGGAGGAGUGUGUGUGUCCAUUCUCAUGGUGUCUUGACCUGAAUCCGUGUGCAUGAAAAGAGGAGGUGUGGAGAGACUGGAUUUGGAGAUUGUGCAUUUAGUCUGAAUUCGAAAGGCUUUCUAGCUUGGGAGCUGAAGAGGUCUGUGCUGUAAGUAUGUUAUUUCUUCCACUGAGUUUUUAAAGAUGCUCUUUGGGAUUCACAAACCUAGAGACAAACGUGACCCUGAAAUGCCACAGAAGGUCUUCAUGGACAUUACUCUUUAGCUGUAAAGGACUCAGUGCUGAUUUAUAGCAUCUUCUCUGAGUCAUUUCCCAAGCAUGUGAGAAGAAAGUCGAGGCUUUCACAAAUUCCACUUCCCAACUUCCCCCAGAGCUGGGACUUAACUUACUCUAGGUCAGUGUGAACAAUGUUAACAAGCCCUCAGAAAAUAUUUGAACUUAUAAUUUUCUAUGGUGGGGUGAAGGAUGAAGGAACAGUAGGGAAACAAGUAAUAAAUUGAGGGUAAAAACUGGGGUUCUAAAGACGAGGCCAGUGUUCCAAGAAGCAUUGAAUAAGCGAGGAACCAAAUGGAGCUGUAUUUCGGAUAGAUCAAAAUUACGGUGUUAUGCUCCUCUGUUUAAAAUAUAACCCCUGACUCUCUGUGGGUGACCUUUAUCCUUCCUGUCCAGCACAAGUGUGGGUGCAGAUAGAUCCACAUGAACACCCCUCAACAUUCAAACACGAAGCUUUUAUUUUUCCUCGGGUAAAAAAAAAAACAAAAAAGUUAAAACAAGCCUCUCAUUAAGUACUCCUUCCUUCCUAAAACUAAAGGAAGUGCCGUCUUCUAGCCCUUUAGGUUUUGCUUUUUUACACUGCUUAGGAAGAGGGCUCGUGUGACUAAAAUGAAAACCAAACCAAAACCAAAACAACAACAAAACCCACAAAAACGUAAGUCGUUGCGUUAACGGGAAAAGGCACCCAGAACCAUCCGUAACAUGUAUUUCAGUCCCCUGGUGGCUUCCAGGGGGAUCUGUCAGGGUGCAUGAUUGACACACCUGGCAAUACUCGGGGUUCCUCUCCAUUUUAAUAUCUGAUUUAAUUCUCUGCAACAUGGAAAUCCCUCCACCGAUUCUUUAGCAAUCAUGUAUCCAUUCACCACAGCACAUCAUCAGUGAGCUAUCUUCUAUGAAAGAUGAUGUGUUCUCUCCUUAAUGUUUCCAAUCAGGGGUUCAUGCACACAGUAGGCCCACCUGAAGAGCUUCAAGGGGAAUAGGCGGACGUUAUUCAUUUGUUUCUAUCUAAGAUACAGCUUGGUGAAUAGCUGAAUUUGAACUCUGCCCUCCUAACUCUCAGCCAUGGGGCUGCUGGCUGCAUAACCUGUCCACCAAACCUGCCUCUUGAGCAUUAAAAUGUUCUCCUUAACCUCUGUGUACUCUGUGGGUUUGGUUUUUUUGUUUGUUUGUUUGUUUGUUUUUAUUUUUUUAAAAUGUUUCAUCCAAGCCAAUCAGCUUUCUGAAAAUACUGGCUUCCCUCUAUAAAUUCUUUAAGGAUCACUGAGUCUGCAAAGCAAGGUACAGCAGAAAACUCUCAGACCUUUUAUGCACAAGCUUCCUGUUGAAGUUUUUUAACAUUUCUUCCAUAAACAUGUAACUCUACUAACAACAACAACAAAAAUGUGUGUAGAUAUGCAUUAAAGAGUGUACUCAUCAA